AAACAACGGACCAUUACCAGUUGGCUGGAGAAUAAAGGACCCAAGACAACUGAGUCCAGAAGCCUACACAGCAAAAUUAAUAACAAUCCUGAAGCAAAUCCCAAGAUGACUUCGGUUAAAAAAGAGAACUUUGGUGAGCAUGAUGUGAAAAAGCUAGAGAAUAUUUAUCAGCAAAGUUACUCAAAAAUACCUGUGGAAGCUGGUGCAAAGCAUGUAGAUAUGCCUCAGACAGGCAGCAUGUGGAACUGGGAGGCUGAGGGUGAAGAUCCUGUCUUGGACACAGAACCUGUGAAGGGGGUGCAGUCUGGAGACCUCUUUAAAAAUGCCAACACGGAUCAGAUGUACAAAACUGGCAAGCAGGCUCAGAGGGGCUGUGAAGAGAGCAGUGACAAUUGGACUCAGAAGAAAUUAUCAUCAGACUGGUCUUUGAAAACGGGAAACACAAAACUUCCUUCAAAAGACACUGAGACAGGUGGACAAGUGUCUUCAUGCAGCUCAGUGAAGCUGAAGAGCUGUGGUCCCGUCUGUUCAACGCCCGAGCAGACAGCAGGGGAUGUCGUGCCGGAAAGUCCGCUCUCAGAUGCUGGCUGUGAUGCUUGUGUGUCUGACCUUGGAGGUCCUGGGAAGCUGGGCCAGUGUCAGAGCAGUUCAGGGGAUUCACCUGCUUUUGAGAAAGAAAGUGAACCAGAGUCACCAAUGGAUGUAGAUAAUUCUAAAAACAGCUGCCAUGGGUCAGAGGCCGAUGAGGAAACGAGUCCCUUUCCUGAUGAGCGAGAGGAGAGCAAUAUGCCAAAAUCCAUAAACAAGUCAUUUAGAAUUCAAUAUGGGGAUGCUGAAAUGGAGUUGAGAAAGUCACGAUUCUCUGCCAAGGGCUGUGAAACCUUUGAGGAAAUAGAUAAUUCUGUUAAAGAGAUUGGUCUGCAUACAAAGUCACCAGGGAUCUCUCCUCUUCCGUCAUCAGAAUGCAAAGGUGCAAAACAAACAGUGAAGAGAGACUCCAAAAUCACCUCUCACUUCAUGAGGAUACCUAAAGUUGAGGAGAAAAGAAAAGAAAAGUGUGAGUUCAAACCCCAGAGGCCAGGAAGGAAGAUUCCUAAAUACGUGCCACCUCCUCUUCCAGCUAACCAGAAGUGGUUUGGGACGCCGCUGGAAGAGCUGAGGAGAAUGCCCGUGUGCGGGGCCCGGCUGCCCCAGCUGCGGCCCUCGGCCAGCCACACCGUCACCAUCAGGGUGGAUCUUCUGAGGGAAGGAGAGGUGCCUAAACCUUUUCCAACUCACUACAAAGAUUUCUGGGACAACAAACAUGUUAAAAUGCCCUGUUCAGAGCAAAAUUUAUACCCAGUAGAGGAUGAGAAUGGAGACAGAACUGCUGGAAGUCGAUGGGAACUUAUCCAAACUGCCUUACUUAACAAAUUUACUUGCUCACAUGAUUUGAAGGAGGCUAUACUGAGAUACAACGUUGCAUAUUCCAAGAAAUGGGACUUCACUGCUCUUACUGACUUCUGUGAGAAGAUUCUUGAAGAUGCAGAGGCUCAGCAUUUGUUCCAGUCCAUUCUUCCUGAUAUGGUCAAGCUGGCACUCUGUCUCCCAAGUAUCUGCACCCAGCCCAUCCCUCUCCUGAAACAGAAGAUGAAUCACUCCAUCACCAUGUCCCAGGAGCAGAUUGCCAGUUUCCUGGCCAACGCUUUCUUCUGCACUUUUCCGCGUCGCAACGCCAAGAUGAAGUCUGAGUAUUCUAGUUAUCCAGACAUUAACUUCAACAG